GUGUUGCAAGACGUUUUGCCAUUCGUUUGAGGUGGUGGUUGUGUCGGAUCCUGAACCGGUGUCGAAGGUGUUUGAUCUUUCCACGAAUGUGCCUGGGUGUUUUCACCGCAAAAGCAAAUUGUCACCCAACUUCAGCAAGAGUCGUCCUUUCAAGAUUAACCCGUUCUUGCGCUUUAUGACCUCUUUCCGGAACUUUGAUACGGUAUCUGUGGAAACGGAUCGGAGUGCUACGCCCAAAGUAACAACCAGCAUCGCACCCAAUAGUAAGAGGUUGAAAUGAACGGCUGGGUAGUGACAGGGGUGAACAAGGCCCACAACAAUAUAGGCAUCGUCUACCGGGAUUCCACACAGGCGGACUUCGAACUCUCCGAAGUCCACAACUCUUCGAGGAGAAGCAGCGGCGCGAGCACCCAAUUUGACACAGGGGAAUCAUUCUUUCUUGACGAAACCAGGAAGACUCGUCGCGAUGUGGACGAUGUUUUUCUUUUUGACAACUCUGCACUGAAGUCCGUGCCAGACACGAGGGCACACACGGGGCCUUCUUUUGACAAGACACUACUGUUGCUGGACCAGUCAGUCCCAACUAGCCAUGUCAGAACAACCAACCCCCAGGACCUUUCGCCAACCACUGCUCUGGAGAUGUGGGAACGCAACGAAACUUUUCAGGACCUCACACAGCUCAUAGCAGAGGAACGAACAUCGAGUUCAAGUACCCCCUGCUACUUAACAGACACUGUGGCCGAAAGUGGUUCCACUGGAAACAUGUCAACUAGUCCAACAUGGGUGCCUGGGCAUCCAACAAAGAGGCCAUAUGAUCCAAGUAUGGCUGGUCCAUCCUCUUCUGGUCUUCCUGCAAAGAUGUGCUGCGUGGAUGAUGCUGUUCCUUCUCCUCCGAGGGUGGAACAGUACUCCAAGAUGCGUGUCCGUAACAACGAGGCCUCAAAGCGAUCGCGGAUGACCCGCAAGGAAAAGGAGCAAGAGAUGGAGAAGAAAUGUCAGGAGCUUGAACAGGACAACCAAAUGCUUCGGAUCAAAGCGAAGAAUUUGGAAGAACUCAUAGAUACGCUCAAGAAACAGCUCAUCACUGCCAUUGUCAAAAAGUGAGGUGCAGGCUGCCUCAUUGGAGAUCUAUUUGAGCAUUCAGGUCUGCAUCAGCGUCCACUGUGUUGAUUAAACACUUCUCACAACAGUGAAGGGCAUGCCGGAUCAACACCCUGCACCGUUUGUUACAGCGGAUCCCUGCCUGUGCAGUGGCUGGGUGGCUUCAUAAGUGUAGCCUAGUUCCUGCCCUAUCAAUCAGGUGCCUCUUGAAACAUUCUCAUUGCACUUAAGGGAACGGUCACAUCCGUUCCAGUCUGUUUCAGAGGUGGGCGUUCGGAUGCAACUGUCCCUUUAAAAGAAUGAGAGAACUGUGGAUCAUCUGUGUUGUUGCUCCAAAUUUGAAUGUGUGAGUGCAAUUUUUUUUUUUUUUUUUUCUCUUUACACUUGUUUCUUCAGAAUAUAUCUUUAGAGAGAGUCUAUCGUGACCUUGUUGGGAGUGCAAUCGGCCUCACCUAGUGGAAUUGUGAUAGUUUUUUUUUUUUAGUUUAGUUUGUACAGCUUCCGUUAUCUGGGAGGCCCACUAGAAGAAUAGAGUUAGGGCCUCGCUGCUGUCUUUUUAAUGAAGCCAAGCAUUACUGUGUGAUCAUCCCAUAAAAGCCUCUCUUGUUCCGUAUCGUAGGCAGCGGCAGCUUAAUGCAAGGCACAGUGAAUUCACAGAUCAUUCAACCAUCAUGUGGGGUUGCUAAUCACUUCCCGAAUUGACUGCUGGGCAGCUUCAUGUCAUUACUUUUCUACCCCUGUGCCAAUACACUGUGAAUGUUAUAUAUCCCAUGUGCCUCUUGUAUAUAGAGUUUACAAAUAAAUCGGAAGCUAAGCAUUGUUU